AUGUCGGCCGAGAAGGUAAUCAUCGAUCUCUGUAGCUCGGAAGAGGAAGAAGAAGACGAUUUCGAUGAUGAGAAUAAUUGCGAGGAAGAGCUUGACGAAACGGAACAAGAAGAAGAAGAUACGAGUUCAAGUGAGGAUGAUAGCGAUUGGAGCCACGAUGAUGCUACGGAGUCAGAUGUUGAGUACGAUGAAAAUGAGGAGACCGGGAAAAAAGCCGAUGAUGAUGACGACGACGCAGUCACUCGCUUGCUCACAGCCGGAAGCGAUUUGAAAGCACUAAAUGUGAAAGAAUGCAAAGCAUAUCUGAGAAAGCAUGGUCUAAGAUUAUCUGGCACAAAACCAGUUUUCAUUGAGAGAAUUGUUGAGCAUUGGAGGAUAAAAGAUGGGAGUGGAGAAGCACUUUAUCCAAGAUCAUCUUUUGCUAUAAAUUGUAAAGGUGAUGUGUGCAAAGGAGAUACAGUUUUGUUUACACAGAAGGUUCAUCAAAAGUAUGAAAAGAUGAAAGGGAGUGGGAAGAUUAUGGGGAGAAGAACAGUCGCUGGCCAGGUUGUUAAAGAAAGCUAUGGUACUGCCAAACAGCAACACACUUUCACUAUUGAAGUGCUUUGGUGCGAGGGGAUACAGAAAUUGCCUCCUCUGUAUCCUUUACUAGUCAAAGGACGAAAUCUUUAUAGGUUAAUGACCUUAAGGCAGCGAUGGGCUAAUGAACAAGACAGAGUCAAAAUUCUAUCUGAAAAGCAUAGCCGUGGUGCCGCAGCAAGAAAGAUUAUGAGAGAAAGGAAAAUAAAGUCAGGCUAUGUACUAAAAGAUGGAAGACUUCAAAAGCCUGGUCAUGUGAAGAAGCCUUGCCAAGUAAAGACAAGAAAAAACCAGAAAGAUGAGAAUCAUUCUCUUGCUGAUUUGCCAAACCAAAAUCCUUCACAGGGCCAUAAGAAUCCAACCCAGUUGAGAAAUAUGAAUCCUCCUUAUCAUUCCCACAAUUCCCAUACAUAUGCUCCACGACCAAAUGCUCCUCGUCCAUACACUCCUCCUUUCAAUGCUCCCAAUUCACAUCAUCCUCGUCCAAAUAUUCAUCCUUCACACGCAUACGCUUAUUCAACACAGCAAAACCAGUCAAUCCAAAGACCACCACCACCGGUUUUCUACAACGGAAGACCUACCUUUAAUGCUGUGCAGGGACAAUCAUCUUUCAACCCGCGUGCCAAUACACACGCUAUGCAGGUUACGCAUCAGAGGAGACCAUACCAGAACCAUCACAACUACCAUGCCAACUCAAACAGUGGUUACAACUACGGAGUGAGGGAACUGGAUCACUUCUCAGAAAUGAUGAUAAGUCACAGAAGAGAAGGAGACGUAUACAGGCAGAGUGAGGACACUCGCAGACCAUUCAAUAACCAUCAUACCAACGCCAAUAGCGGCUACAACCAUGGAGCACGGGACAUGUACGCUGGAGACACGCAGAGGCAGAGUAGGGACACUUACAGGCCAAAUCAUCAUCGGUAA